UCCGUCCCGCUAGGCAGAACCAGGUACAGAAACAUACAAUAACCUGCCUCUUUCUUCUUCUUCUUCUUGCGACAAAAGUCCAUCGCCAGCGAUACUUGGUCCCAUUUUUUGUCCAGCUUUCGAAUCCUUUCUUUUCGACAUCCGACCGAUCCUCACAUUUCCAAAAUGUCUUCCACUGACGCUACCGAGCCCAAGGUCGAGCAGACCACCACUGAGGCUCCCGCCUCUGUGACCGCCUCCUCCGUCUUCUCCAUGUUCGGCGGCGGCGAAAAGAAGGAAAAGAAGGAGGACGAGGACCGUGGCGACAACUCCGGAAGCGCAAAGGCCCAGCGCGAGGCCAAGGGCGAGGAGGACGAGGCCCCCGAGAGCGAGGACGUCCACUUCGAGCCCGUCGUCAAGCUGACCGAGAAGGUCGAGGUCAAGACCAACGAGGAGUCUGAGGAGCAGCUCUUCAAAAUGCGCGCCAAGCUGUUCAAGUUCGUCAAGGCCGCCAAGAAGGAGGGCGAGGAGGCCCCCGCUACCGCCGGCGAGUGGAAGGAGCGAGGAACUGGCGAUGUCAGGCUGCUCAAGCACAAGGAGAACGCCAAGGUCCGACUGGUGAUGCGACGAGAGAAGACCCUCAAGGUCUGCGCCAACCACUACAUUGUCCCCGAGAUCACGCUGUCGCCCAACGUUGGCUCUGAUCGAAGCUGGGUGUGGAACGCUGCCGCUGAUGUCAGCGAGGGAGAGCCCGAGGCUGUGACUCUUGCUAUCCGAUUCGCCAACUCCGACAACGCCAACCAGUUCCGGGAUGCCUUCCUGAAGGCGCAAAAGGACAGCGCCCACCUCUUCCAGGCCGCCGACGAGGAGGAGGAGAAGAAGGAGGAGUAGAAUGACUGCUCAAGCCGAUACUCCCUUGACCCGACCGUCAACCCCAAAUCAAUGCUUGCCGCUUCUCGAACCAUAAUUUCCCCCCAUCACUACGCCGUAUCAGCCGUUGAAUUAAACACGGCGAUGCUUGAACCUUACACACCCCACGCCCCAUCACAACACACAACAUGACAACACCAUACCCGUACACAAACACGCGCGCGACAGAUGGAUCGAUAUGAGCCUCUGUACUAAGUCGAUGUAGCCCAGAGAGAGUCGAUCUGGAUCACGGAGACUGGAGAGCCCCCCGGGAAAUGAGCACCAAGUGGUGCAUGCCUAGAGGGGAGAGCGAAUAAUGGCAUUUGAUAGUAGAGCACCCUGAAAGAAUAAAAAGUUGAUACCAC